AUGGUGAGAGCUGCCCUACGAUUCAGAGGGAGGCUGGUGGUAUCACUCUCGAUCAGCUCCGUAAGUGGAACCCGACCAUCGAUGCGAAGUGCAGCAACAUUUGGAGCGGUUACUACAUAUGCACUGUACAUGAUGGUUUCUGUAGAAGGAAGUUGGCAUCAAUAUGAUCCCCGGGACCCUCACGCAAGCCCGCCGGUCGAUGUUAUGCUUUCCAUAAAGCUCAAGCAUCUGCACAUAUAG